GUGGGUGCAUGUUCUGUAGAGAGCCUUUCUCCUCUUGUCGAAGCCAGGUGCCCUUCAGUUAGGCUUACCAUUGUCACUGGACAAUAGCUCUUUGCUGGCUCUGUAUCAGGCACUGGAUUCAGAAAGCAGAAAAUUAAAGGACAGUGGUCAGAAAGCAGAGGAAAGGCAAAGACUUUUUAGGCCUGAGCCUGUGGGCAAGGAGUGUGACCUAGCCAGAGUGGAUGAAGGCCAAAGUGUGAGGGUUCCCCCAGGUAACAUCUGCUUUUCAGCCCUCUGCAGAGCAGCACCCAUCUCAUUCACUUUGGGGUCUCCCAUCAGGAGGCUGUCUAAACCCUCCCAAUUGUGUAAAUGUAGGUAUUGUACCCAUGUAAACUGCCCCACUGUGGGCCUUUCUCAAGCACUUAUCAGAUGGAGAAGGCCUCUGGGUAUACACAGAGGAGAGCAAGUGGCUAAGAUAAGCCCACAAUCUACCCACCCAGCCCAGCCUGCACCAGAUAGCAGGCAGAGGACCCAGUGCAGGGCUUCUGGACAGGACAACGGAGUAGGAACCCCUUUCUGGCAUCAGGAAAGACAUGCGCCUGCAAUGGAAGCAGGGCAGCUGGACUACGAUCUCUUGGUGAUUGGUGGGGGAUCUGGCGGCCUGGCUUGUGCCAAGGAAGCUGCUCAGCUGGGAAAGAAGGUGGCUGUGGUGGACUAUGUGGAACCAUCUCCCCGAGGUACCAAGUGGGGCCUGGGCGGUACCUGUGUCAACGUGGGCUGUAUCCCCAAGAAGCUGAUGCACCAGGCUGCACUUCUGGGGGGCAUGAUCCGAGAUGCCCAACACUAUGGCUGGGACCUAGGCCAGCCCAUCCAGCAUGACUGGAAGAAAAUGGCAGAAGCUGUGCAAAACUAUGUGAAGUCCUUGAACUGGGGGCACCGCGUCCAGCUACAGGACAGGAAAGUCAAGUACUUUAAUAUCAAAGCCAGCUUUGUCAACAAGCAUACUGUCCGUGGCGUGGCUAAAGGUGGGAAGGAGACUCUGCUUUCUGCUGAGCACAUCGUCAUUGCUACAGGAGGACGGCCAAAGUACCCCACACAUAUCGAAGGUGCCUUGGAAUAUGGAAUUACUAGUGAUGACAUCUUCUGGCUAAAGGAAUCUCCGGGAAAAACAUUGGUGGUUGGGGCCAGCUAUGUAGCCCUGGAGUGUGCUGGCUUCCUCACAGGGAUUGGACUGGACACCACCAUCAUGAUGCGCAGUGUCCCUCUCCGCGGCUUCGACCAGCAAAUGGCGUCUUUGGUCACGGAGCACAUGGAGUCCCACGGCACCCGGUUCCUGAAGGGCUGUGUCCCAUCUCGUGUGCAGAGGCUUCCUGAUGGCCAACUCCAGGCCACCUGGGAGGACCGUGCCUCCGGAAAGGAGGGCGUGGGCACCUUCAACACCAUCCUCUGGGCCAUAGGUGUCUCAGAUAAUAGACUGGGAACCUCAGCGAGGAGGAUUUCCUGUCUGCAGAUGUGCCGAUUACAGCGCUGAGUGAAGACAGUCAGCCUGCAGGCCGCCGCGGGCUCCAGUUCACCCAGUGAGUUAACCAGUUGUGGCCUGAACUGAAUCCGGGGCUUUCUGGGGAGUCAGACCAGGGUAGACAUCACCACAGACCCCCCCCCCCCAAACUCCCCUGUGUAGACAUGUCUAGUGUAGGUAAGCUUAGAUUUGGUUUUAAAGAAGGGAUAUGUAGCACCCCCACCCCACCCCUUUUUCCAGCCUAGGAAAAAGCUGGAGCCGAGAUUGCCAUGAGCUUCUUGGCAUCCUGGACUUCUCUGGAUGGUUCUCUGACCUCUUGGAAAGAUGACAAAAGCGCUGAUGUGUUUGUCCCUGGGCCAUGGGAGGCCUGCCCAUCAUGGGAAGAGCCAGCAUUCUGUACCUGUGGGGCCCACGGCCUGGACGGCCAUCACUGUCAUCUUAAAUGUUGGAAAGUUGGAAUGGCAGAGUGACAGGUGGAAACGGAGGGGAGAAUCAGUUUGAUUCUCAUCCUGGCUGGCCUCUGAGGCCAUUUCCUCGUCUUCGGUAUUGUCUUAGACAACUUGUUAUUGUCUGUGUGUGCAGAAAGUCCACUUCUGUGCCUCUGAAAGAGUGAAUGCAGCCAGCCAGUCUGGGUCCUUGGCACUGUGGAGAGUGGAGGCACUGUACCUCCACAGCCAGAGAGGCAGAGGUGCCCCAGGAGAACAGUGUCAGAACCCCGGGGAAAGAAAAAAAUUGGCCCAGGCAGGCUGCAGCCUGGAGUUCUUCCACCCAGUGCUUUUUGCUGGAGUUUACAUGGUGGCUUUCCUUACUCGACUCUGGCUCCGCCUCCGCCCACCCGUGCCAUGAACACAGCCACGAAAGUGCCUGUGGAACCUCUCUCUCCCUCAGGAGCCAAGAGAGAGCCAGAGCCUAAACAGAAUGGAGUCCCACAAGGCUGGGGAUUUUAUAAGUGGAAAUGUUUGGAGUUUGGUGAAGGGAAGAGGCAGCGCAAGACCUGGCGCCCCCUGGAGGCCACGAGUGACAGUUCAGUCCCCGCUUCUGGAUGCUGUGAUGUAGGGGAGAAGCUGAAGGCCUUGCUGGCCCCACCCAUAGGGUCUUCACAGCUGUAAGUGGGCUUGGAGA